AUGGACAUGCCUCGUGUCACUGUUCGCCAUGCUCCAAAGUUCAUGCUGCCGCCUGAGCUCCUAAGAGGGAAGGAAAAGGUUGUGGCUAAGGAUGAAGAUGAUUUCGAGGAUGACUCGGAAUCUGACUUACAGUGUGACAUUGAUUUGGAGGAUGACUCAGAGGAUGAAGUAGAGCCUGAGCAGGGAUAUGAAGAAUCCUUCAACAAUUGGAUUAAGGACCUUAAGGCUAUGAAUCUCGAUGAUUUCAUGGACAAGCUUAGACAAUUACUUAUGGUGAAGUGGAACCAAAGAAGGAAAAUUGGGAAGAAAUUAGAUGGCUUGAUUUUGCCUCACAUAAUUAAGAUGUUGAAUGAGAAAAGCAGAGAAUUGACCUUGGAAGUAUCAGAGUGCUCAGAAGAUGUGGCUGAAGUGACAACAUUUGGUGCUCAUUUGGAUCGUCUUCCCUUUCAACUUCGCAAGUGGAGGAUAUCAGUUGGUGAUAUUGUUAUUAGUGUAUAUCCAAUUAAAAGUAUUGUGCAAAGGACGGGCUCUUCCAGAGCUUUUAUGGAUAUUUCAAUAAGGAUCAAGGUUGUUUCUCAAAACAAUACAAUUGCUCCUGAAGCUGUAGUACCAUUUACUUUAGAAAUUGAAGUAGUGUCUUUGUUUGUUUUGGACAAUCUUGAUUUAGUUGUUGGAGACAAAUCUCAGCUUAUUGCUGCUAAAGGGUUGACCAGUGAUAAUAUGUUGAAAUUAGUUGCUCGUGUGUUGAAGCAGAAUCGUGGUGGUCAUUAUCUUUCUAUGUGUAAGUUUGCCUACGAUUCGAAUAAUGACAUUGUGUAUGUCAAGGUGACUGGAGAAGAGGAUGCAAAUCUGAUGGUUGGGAGAUCAUUUAAGGUUGCAGGCGAAAGGAUGUCGUUCUAUCGCGUUUUGAGUAUCAGUGUUCGUCCAGUAGAAGAAGACUCUUACCAGAGUGCUAUAUGCCAUCGGAUUUUCCCUUUUAACUUUUCUUGA